GGGCAAAAAACAAACAAAAAAAAAAACAAAACAAGCAACAACAACAACAACAAACAAACAAACAAACAAACAAAACAGAGCAGCUCCUUUAAAAUAUAUUAGCAUUCUGUGUGACGUGAAAAGUGGGCGUGGCUUCGACCGAACUCGUGUCCAGGCAAAACACGAGCUUGUUUUAAAAGCGCUUCUUUACAAACAGGUUGAACAUCGGCGAGGAGGAGAAGAAGAAGAAGGAGCACAAGAGGAGGAGGAGAAGAAGAGCAGGUCUGAGCGUGAAGUGCACUCGGAUUUACACUUCGAACUGGACAUAUCAGCUCUGCCUUUAUCCACCUAGACACAUUUAAUAACACAAUAGAAAAGACAAGAAAAAAGUGGCGGGUGAUUUCCGCUGAUGGAGGAUGACGAGGAGGAUACCCCUUUACAGAUUACAUCCAAUCAGACCGACAUCGCAGACACCAGACGAGGGAACAUGCCGCUGAUUCAGACGACGCCACGCUUCCGGAACUCGGGCUCCGUCCCGAACGCAGUCAGUCCGCUCCACCGUUCCCUCCACGGAGCCGUGGGUUUGGGGUUCCUGUCUACACCGUCGGGAUCCGCAGAUGAUUCGCAGGCACUUCUUCACAAUUUAAUCUUCCGCGUCCCGUCUGCGUCAGAGGAAUCGGGAGAAGAAGAACCGCAGGAUGAAGGGAAAGGGGAAGAGAGGGAAGACGAUAGGACGAACGUGGAAGUGCAGAUCGGACGGAGGCUGCGUGAGAUCGGAGAUGAUUUUCAGCAGGAGCACAUGCAGCUGUUCCUGCAGUAUCGGAGGAACCGGCAGGCGAUUUGGUGGCAUUUAGCAACGACGCUUUUCGACUUCCUGUUUCCGAGGGAGUUCAUCGGACACUGAGGAAGUCAAAGUCAGCUUUGAAUCCUCCUCCUCUGGGUCCUAGUGUCUGCCCUUGGGUUCCCAUAAACAGGCCUUUUGAAGUGAACUUGGAAAACGGACAGGACGUGAGAACGAGUGCGAGUCGCCGCUGGACGGAGACGGUGUCCCCGCUACUACUCACAAAGAAGCCAUCUUUAAAAUGGAGCUAGUUUUAUGUUUUUUUUUUUGUGUGUUUUUUUUUUUUUAGUAGCUUAUUUUAAUUUUGCUUAUUAGUCUGCGAAUGCCUUACAGUGGAUUGAGUUAAGAAGCAAAAAAAAAACAAAAAAUGCUUCAGAGAUCGAAGGACUUCAGGAAAGUUCCAGAAAUUUAGAAAAUAUGAAGGAACAGCCUCAAAAAACUCAACGACAAACCUUUUUUUAAUUUUUUUUUAUUUUUUAAAACUUCUUACUAGUUGUUUUUUUUGUGUUUGUUUUUUAAAAACAACAACUUUUUUACCGUCUUUGAGACAGCUUUUCAGCACAAGUUUUAUUGAACAGUUCAUUUUUUUGAACAAAAAACAAAAGUCUCUUUGGAAUGGAAACAUCAUCAAUGCACGUCUAUCGCCUUAAAAUCAAUUUUUAACAUCUGAGCCUUUAAGAUCCUCAGGGCUGAGAGACAUUUUCACUAUCGUAAUUAUUCUGAAGUUUUUAUACUCGCUUUACCGAGACAUUUUGUCUCAGAACUUUUUCUCAGUCUGAGCUGGAUGAUUUUUUAACCGCGACUUUUAUCGCUUACUGAAAUUUUCUUUGUGAAAUAUCAGAAAUUCUGUCCAUUUUUAAAUACAAAAAAACUUAAACCUGUAAGUUUUUAACUAGGCCCCAAGUUCAUAAAAUUGAAAUCAGAAAUUUAAGGAAGUUACAAAUUUGUGAGUAUGUUUACUGUCAGGUUUACAAGUAUAAGUUUACUUCCAAAACGUUUUUACUUCAUCACUCUUUUUAGAAUAAUAAAUGUUAUUAUAAAAAAAAUUUAACUACAAAAAUUUUUGUAUGAAGCUCAAAUUCGCUUUUUUCAGAAACUCAGAUUUGAAUCCGGACUGUAAAUCAUUAUUAUAAAAUGAUUCCAAAUUUGGAACUAAUUCAGCGCCGUAAAAGUAAUACUGUCGCAUGUCCAAUCAACAAUCGGAAAUGAGCUUAAAAUCGGAUUUUGAAUAUUUCCUCUGAUGUACAAUCCUGCAGUUCUGAUGAGAAACUUGGUUAAAGUUUGAAGAGCUGCGUUUGUGUAUAAAAACUCCACUGCUGUUAAACGGGUCGCAAAAAAACUGUCAGUUGGUUUAGGUUUUUUUUUUUUUUUUUUUUAAUUGAAAGAUUUAAGAGAAAUAAUGUAAUGAAAUGUAAAAUGUGGGAGAAUAAAUAAGAGAAAAUGCACUAAUUUACGUAAAGUUUUCUCUGAAGCCAUUAAUGAAUGAAUUAUGGUGCAUUUUUUUUUUUUUAUUGCUCUUCCCAAAACCUUAUAAAGGCCCUUUUUCAUCAAAGCUGAGAACAUAGAUGUCUUCUUAUAAUUAUUUGUAAAUUAUAUGAAAAUAAAAUAAAUAAAUAACCUUAAAGUCCCUCAUCAGAGUCCAUAAAACACUGUGAGCUGUAUUUAGUUUAAUCUAAUCUAGAUAAUUAUAACCUAAUCUAGUAAUAGUUCAACACUUGUAGUUUGGCUAAAUAACGUGUUAUUUAAGUAAUAAAACAUUUACAGGCCGACACUUACACUCGGUUUUUAUUUUACGUUUGAACAAUAAGGGCCAAUAUGUUUAUUUAUUUAUUUAUUUUUAAUAAUCGUGACUAAAAUAAACGGCCAGUUGUGACCGAAACUCCCCCUCCCCCCAUAAGAGUUUUUUUUUUUUUUUAAAGAACAGUUUAAUUUUUAUUCUAAAUUAUGCGUGUUGGUAUAAAUGGAGUUGGUAAAUAAUAAUAUUAUUAUUAUUAAUAAUAAUAAUAAUAAUAAUAAUAAUAAUAAUGAAUAGUAUUUAUUUAUUUUUGUUGAGUUUGUAAAAUAAAAGGAAUAUGAAUUCAUGUUCGCACGAAUAUGAACGCUUUAUCGAUUUAUUCAUAAUUCUGAUAAAUGUAAAAGAAAAAAAAGAAAAAUUGCCUUUAUUAAACCUCUAAAUGCUUUAUUUAAGAGCGAUAUGACAUGAAUCGAGCUAAAUUUUGAUUGAUUUGAUAAUAUAUUUCUAUACGAUUUACGAUAUAUAUCACAAUAUUCAUUACACAUUACACGCUGUACAACUGUAGAAUACGCACAACUUUAGUCACAUGACGUUACUUUAUACCGGCUAAAUAUGAAGGCGGGAUCACAAGCAUGUCACAUCUUUUAUAAAAAUAAAAUCCUGUAAUAUUGUGAAGAUAUCGUGAACCGUGACUUCUAAUGGAAGCGAUUAUCGCGAUAGAUCGGACGAGUUUCUGUGUUUCACCUUCUUGCUCGAACAAGUUCACCGCCACAAACUGUUUUUAUAUUUUAGUUAUCAAAACUUUAAUUUAUUUUAUAUUAUAUAUUAUAACACCGAGGUCCAAGUGUGGAGCCGAAAUCUUUCUGAAUAAACUCAUAACCGAUGUAUAACCGUUUCUAGAUAGUGAACACGCUGAUUUCUUUCCUCUACAGUACUCUUGAGUCUUUUCUACGCGCUGUUACACUGCAUUGCUGCCGUUUGUAUCUUCUACUUUGUUUCACGUAUAAAUCGUGAUUUUAUCAGACAAUCAGAAUCCUAAACGUGCCUUAGGGCCGAACACACACCAGCUCCGUCGCUAACCUUCAUAUAUUCAGAGUAAAGCUACAGGAAAACGAGAAACAAUCGCUGAUGUCGGCUUUAAAUACGAGCGCGUGAUCAAUCGCACUGCUGUGAAACAAACCAACACAAAAAAAAAACUAUUACAAUCAUGACAGAUGUGAAUUUUUUAACUCUACACUGGACGUGUCAAUAUUUAUUAUAUUUUUAUAUCACUAUACUUGCCUAACGUUCUCUCCCAGUUUACGAUACUUUCGUAAUAUCAAUCUUUUCUUCUGUGAUUUCUGUGAUUGCCUUCCUUUAUUAAAGACUUACGCAGGCCACUCUUCAUGUUCCCUAACUAGGGACUAUUUCUAGCGUCAAUGCUGACAAUAUUUCCUCGGUCCAAUAACACGAGUGAUUAUGAGCACGCGAAAAGCAACAAUUAUAAAAAACUAAACUAUAAACGUACAGAUUACGGAAAUAAAGCUCGACACGUUUUCACUAUUUCACGGCAGAGGAUUUGGGAAAGUGUUUAGUUUCACUCCCUGGCAGGAAUUUAACAUUUUGCUUGAAAAUAUGGCUGUAUUUUUACAUUUUAAUGCCCUUUCAAGUGCACUCUUUUAAAUAAUUUCAGUGUUGUAUAAAGCCUGUUUUUAUUUUCUUCUUAAAAUGUGUUCAUUUGAUGUUACACAACAAUGUUUUUUUUUUUUUUUUUUUUUUAUAAAUUAUGUU